UUUUAGUAACUAUGUUUUUUUAAUCACUCGUUUGGCUAUAAAUAGGUGAAGGAGGAUAGACACUCCUCAACCCAAACAAAAGAAGUAAAAAGAAUCCAUAAUAUGGCUGUUCACAAACAAGUUAGUUUCCUUGCUUACCUACUACUUGUUCUUGGAUUAUUGCUACUUGUAAGCGCGGUGGAACAUGUUGAUGCCAAGCCUUGUACUAAAGAAUGUGGUCAUCUUGGGUUUGGGAUAUGCCCACGUUCACAAGGAAGUCCGCAAAAUCCCAUAUGCACCAAUUGCUGUUCAGGUUUUAAAGGUUGCAAUUAUUAUAGUAUUAAUGGGACUUUUAUUUGUGAAGGACAAUCUGACCCAAAAAAACCAAAAGCUUGCCCCUUAAAUUGUGAUCCAGAUAUUGCCUAUUCAAAGUGUCCCCGAUCAGGAGGAAAGACGUUUAUUUAUCCCACUGGAUGUACCACAUGUUGCACGGGAUACAAAGGUUGCUACUAUUUCGGUAAAGAUGGCAAGUUUGUUUGUGAAGGAGAGAGCGAUGAACCCAAGGCAUGUACCCUGGAAUGUGACCCUAGAGUUGCAUACAUGACUUGUCCAUCUUCUGGAUUGGCCAAACUUAGCCAAGUUUGUGUUAAUUGUUGCACUGCAGGAGAGGGUUGCAAACUCUAUGGAUAUGAUGGAUCUUUAAUUUGUACUGGAGAGCCUCAGAGCUAUAUAUCUACAGCAUACAUAUCUACAAUGGCUGUUUACAAAGUUAGUUUCCUUGCUCACCUACUUGUUCUUGGAAUGUGUCUACUAGUAAGCACGGUGGAACAUGCUAAUGCUUGUACUAAAGAAUGUGGUAAUCUUGGCUAUGGGAUAUGCCCAGGUUCAGAAGGAAGUCCAGAAAAUCCAAUAUGUACCAAUUGUUGCUCGGGCUAUAAGGGUUGCAACUAUUAUAACGCUAAUGGAACUUUUAUUUGUGAAGGAACGUCUGAUCCCAAAAAUCCUAACAUUUGCCCCUCAUAUUGUGAUCCACAAAUUGCCUAUUCAAAGUGUCCACGUUCAGAAGGAAAGACGAUAAUUUAUCCCACAGGAUGUACCACGUGUUGCACUGGUUACAAGGGUUGCUACUAUUUUGGUCAAGAUGGAGAGUUUGUGUGUGAAGGAGAGAGUAUUGAACCUAAGGGUUGUACUAAAGAAUGUGACCCUAGAGUUGCUUAUAUGACUUGUCCAUCUUCUGGAUUGGCAAAACUUAAUCAAGUUUGUGUUAAUUGUUGUAGCGCAGGAGAGGGUUGCAAACUCUAUGAUAAUGAUGGAUCUUUACUUUGUACUGGGGAGCCUCAAAGUAUUUCCACAGCAUAAGGAAGUUGGUUAUUUCUAUUCAAUGUUGUAGUUUAUUAAUGUAUGAAAUAAAAGAAUGAAUGGUGAUAUAUGAUGCUAUUUUAUUAAAGUUCAAAUUAAAUAAUUAAAGGUUUCAGUGAAUUGGAUUCAA